CGGAAAAGGAUGUUCCGGUGAUGCGCUCGCCCCCCUCCCCUGAGUAGGCUGUUUCGGUUACUGCCUUCACCCCCUCACUUAUUUUCUAUUUCUCUAAUCUAACAGCAAGCAGCCGAGAUGGACAUUGUAAACCAGUUAGUUGCUAACGGACAAUUCAGGGUACUGAAAGUGCCUCUGGGCUUCAUGAAAGUCCUGCAGUGGGUGUUUGCUAUCUUUGCAUUUUCCACCUGUGGGACUUACUCAGGCUCUUUUCGCAUGCGUGUGGAGUGCAAAAACAGAUCAGAGAGUAACCCAAGAAUAGAUGUGAAAUUUGAAUACCCAUUCAGGCUCCAUCAAGUCUACUAUGAUGCUCCAACCUGCAAAGGAGGUCAAGCUGAUCGUUAUUUCCUUGUGGGUGACUACUCCUCCUCUGCCGAGUUCUUCGUCACUAUCGGGGUUUUUGCCUUCCUUUACUCCAUGGCAGCUCUUAGCAUCUAUAUCUUUGCCUUUGAGAAGUACCGUGAAAACAACAAAGGACCACUGAUUGAUUUGGCCGUGACAUGUAUAUUCACCUUCAUGUGGCUUGUGAGCUCGGCAGCAUGGGCAAAGGGUUUGUCCGAUGUGAAGACGGCCACAGACCCAGAGAAGGUUAUUCAGUACAUCCCAGCCUGUAAAAAGGACGAAGGCAACAGCUGUGGUGAGGUUCAUGACCCUGUCAUGUCUGGCCUCAACACCUCUGUGGUCUUUGGCUUCUUGAAUCUGAUCUUGUGGGCAGGCAACAUCUGGUUCGUGUUUAAAGAGACAGGUAUCAUUGCUCCUUUCAUGCGCCAGCCACCUGCCCAGGAGAAGCAGCCAGCCCCUGCCUCAUAUGGUCAGCAGGACUAUGUGCAGCAGGAUCCGUACCCGGGCCCCCAGGGAGGGUAUCAGCCUGAUUACAACCAGCAGGGCUACAACCAGGGUGGAGAUUACGUCCAGGGUGGCUACAACCAGCAGGGGGCACCCACCUCCUUCUCCAACCAGAUGUAAGGACAGGGUAUUGGAAGAGGUUGAUGGAGGCUGAAAGAGGGUGAUCGUGUGAUCAUAGGAGUGUGGCAUCUGAACCUUACUCACACACCCACACUCUUCCUUGUCUUCUGUAUUUGUGCAUAUGUCUGUGGACGAAAUUAUUUGGGUUGGGAGGUCAGGUGAUACUUAGAGAAAGCUGUAGGGCAUCUGGAGAAACUAAGAGAUUAUUCUGUGUGCUGUUUAUUAUUGUGAUGUAUAAAUUAUAAAAUAAAAAGUUAUGUAUGAUCAUAUGAACAUGAAAAUACAUAAAAUAUUUAAAAAAAGAUAUAUAAAUCAUUGCUAUAUAAAUUAUGAAUUGAUGAUGUUGACAAUAGUUAUGGUAAACUUUGAGAGAAUGUAUUUGUCUGUGCUGUAUAAAUAUCAAUAUGAACAAAUAUAUGGAAAUAUUUCCUAAAGAUCUUUAUGGGAUUAUUCUACUAUAGUAAGUUAUUUUUAGAGAAGUUCAUUUAUGAUGAUACUAACUAUAAAAAUGAGCUGUAAACCCACUGGAAAUUGUUCUCUGAAGAAUACUGGCUUGGUAGAAGUUGCAUAGAUAUUCACUGAAGAAGAGUUUGACUUUUUAGAUGUUCACCCAUAUAAUAAUAAAUUUUUUGGUUCACUGAGCAAUAGGCUAUAUGAGUCCAAACUUCAAAAUAACAUUAAAUUCUAAAACAUCUUGCAAUAUUUUUUUUUUUAUUAAACUUGGUUGAUUUUGUACACAUUUUAGUAAUACAACAAGAAUGGGUGUAAUGAGAUGGAGGACUAAAACCUUUUUCUGUAGUAUGGGCACCAGACAGAGAAUCAGUCCUGUGUAUUGAGUUGGUGGUAGACUACAUAAAUGUUUCAAUUCCCAGUUUCAAUAUUUGACCCUCUUCCCCCCCCCCUUUUCUUCUUACCCCCUUUCUCUCCAUUUAUUUUGCUCUUACACACACAUGCACACACACACACACACACACACACACACACAC